CUCGAUCGGCCCAGAGGAAAGGAGCAAGAGCGAGAGAUUGAGCUGGUGCGUGGGGAAAGAGAUGCAUGCUAUGAAGAAAUGGGAAAGAAACAGGUCAGUUGCAAUACGCUCAAAAAGCUCUCUCGCCCCUACUUUAAAGGACAUGUGGCCGUCACUGAAAGACUGGCCGACACGUCCGAGCGGAGUGUCACCAAUCCGGCACUUGGUAAGAGCCAGUGCAAGAAGGAGGUCAACUUUCCACGUAUUGGUCAGUUGCCAGACGCUCAAGGCCAGUGUUGCCUCUAUUCUAUAUUGUCGAUUGACAGACGGGCUGCAGCGUAAUUUCAGUUCAUCGUCUACGUACUACUUGCCAUAA